AUGUUCGACUUGAUGGAUGGAGAGGAGACGGAUGCGUAUCCAGCCUCGGUCAUCCAAACGGCUCGAACUGGAAACGCGAACGGACAAGCACUUGACCGCGAGCACGACCACAUCGCACACCUCCACGCCGAGCUGGAGACCAUGCCCGUACUCGGGAAAGAGCGCGCGCAUGACCACAUCACACACCUCCGUGCGACCAUGCCCCCGUUCCGCAUGCAUGAACGCACCAACGCGCCCCGUGCCAACGCCGUGACAUACACCCUCGAAGAAUGGAGCGCCUCACCGACCCACUGCCAAGGCACGAUCCGCAUUGGCACCGAAGCCGUCGGACACGGGAUCGCGUGGGAGAUUGCACAUGCGGCUGCCGGCGGAUGCGCACUCGCCCUCGUGGCUCAGUACACGUGGAGAUCCCACCACGUGUACAACCUGGGCGAGGAGCUUGGAAACGUGUGCGUCGGCGGUACCAUUGCCACCGAGGUGAUGGUGUCACCUUGGGUCGAGAAUCAAGCUGCGUAG